AUCUUGUGUGGAGAAAGAUCCCCUUUUUUAAACACCCUGGCUCUUCCCUGCAUUGAUGGCUGUUACCUCCCAAAACAAGAGGCUGCUUUUAUUCACACAGUCCUUGAGGAAAUCUAUACAUUUCAGAAGAGGAAUGAGCAGAAAAGCGUCCUACUUUUCCCACCUCUUCCAAGUCGACUCCGCUUCUUGAUUCACAAAACCAUAGAGGACCACACCGACCUCAGCACCUUUUCUGUGGGUGGUGGCUGGGCCCGCAGAACCGUUCUCUGCUAUUCUCAUCUCAGGUUACAUUCAGAAGAGGAUUGCAGAGAUGCCGAGCAAAUUUCCUAUGAGCCACCACAUCAUCGGAGCAACAGAAUGGGAGACAGAUUCAACAACCGACCGCCAGAAAACAAGUCUAACGACAGAAGAGCAGCCAGACGGCCAGACAAGCCUAUUUACGUCCCACGUGUCUUGCGGCAGAAGGUGUCUGAAAACUCAGCAGAUUUCGAACAACAGAAUCUCAACCCUUUUGGCAACAGAUCAGAGGAUUCCACGAAGGAAACGCUUGUGGCCAAUCCCGAGCCAGAAGUGAACGGCACUGACCAAUCACUGGAUGAUCAGGAAUUUGUGUUGCUUUCGAGCUCUGGGUCUUCAUAUUUUCCUCCUGCUUGGGACCAGACUGUGUCUUUAUUUACAUCCAUGACAUUAGACGACCAAGAAGAUUGUGGCAAUCACUCGCUCCAGGAACCUGACAGUGAAGACGAUGAAAAAUUGUAUUCUGAGAUCAAAGCCAACCUGAAAGAUGAAGACGUUGUCAUAAAGGAUGCCUGUAAUAAUUACUCCGGUUAUGUAACCAUCUGGCUCAACCAAAAUGAGUUUUCCCACGUCAUCGAGAUCUACGACUUUCCCAGCAUGUUUAAAACGGACGACCUCCUCGAUGCUUUUGCAAGCUACAGUGAGGGGGGCAUGAAGAUCAAGUGGAUAGAUAACACUCAUGCACUCGGUAUAUUUUCAAGUCCGUCAGCAGCUACACAGGCGCUCUCCCUUAAGCAUCCAUUACUAAAGGCACGUCCUCUAUCAGAGGGGAGCCAGAAAGCAAAGUGGAAAGCUAACAGACGAGCAGAAUUUAUCCAACCGGUGAAGGAGAGGCCGCGAACAGACACACAAGUGGCUCGCAGGAUGGUGACCAGGGCACUGGGUUUAAGAGGAGGAUCAAGAGGCCGAGGAGGAUCAAGAGGGCAAAUAUAAAACACCUAUAGGGUUUACAAGUUUUUAGCUUCGACAACAUCUAAUAAAACACAAGCUGCACAUUUUGCCUUGCUCCCAACGGAGAUGUGUGUGUGUGUAUGAAGUGUAAUAAAUAUGAAUCUGUGAAUAAGCUAUGAAUGUUUUUUUUGUGGUUAUACAUUAAGUUCCACUUUUAAAUUUACUCUGAAUACAUGGCAUGAGCCUCGAUCGAGCUACAAUACAAAUUUCAAAGCGUCCAGAAAUGUUUGGUGUACUAAAAUAUAAUCAGUUCUUUACUGAAAGGACCUGCGGCUCGGCUCUCCACAAACAUUUAUUUUUGCCUCGCUGCUUCCUUUUUGGGUGAAUGUCA